CCACCUUCUAUUUGCUGAUGACUCGCUUGUUUUUUGCAAAGCAAAGAUGGAGGAGGUGAGUCAUUUACAGUCUAUUUUGCAGCAAUAUGGGGAUAUUACAGGACAAAGGAUUAACUUUGCCAAAUCUGCUGUCUUUUUUAGUACUAAUACUCCUGGAGAUUUUCGUGCAUCAAUCUGUAGCCAACUUGGUAUUAAUUGUCAUUCUACUGUUAGUAAAUACCUUGGCUUGCCAACCUCUUGGGGUAAAUCUAAAAAAGCUAGUUUGAAAUAUGUAGUUGAAAGAAUAAACAAAAAAUUGAAGCAAUGGAAGGUGGCAUUGUUAUCUCAGGCUGGUAGAGAAGUCCUCAUUAAGGCAGUUGCUAUGGCUAUCCCAACUUACACUAUGUCUUGCUUUUUAUUCCCAAGUAAUAUUUGCAAGGACAUCAAUAGAUUAAUCCGUAACUUUUGGUGGGGGCAACAGCAAGAUGAAAGGAAGAUAAGUUGGCUUAGUUGGAAGACAAUGACUCAAAGUAAGCAAUCCGGGGGAAUGGGCUUUAAGGAUUUAUUUUGCUUUAACUUGGCUAUGUUGGCUCGACAGGCUUGGAGGCUGGUGCAGAACCCCCACUCUUUAUGGGUACGAGUACUCAAAAGCCUAUAUUUCAGGGAAGCAUCCUUCUUUUCAGCUAGGAAAGGAAGCCACCCAUCCUGGGCAUGGACAAGUAUCUUGAAGGGAAGAGAAAUUCUUCAGCUUGGGGCACGAUGGAAUGUGGGUGACGGAAGGAAAAUCCUAAUCUAUGAAGAUGCCUGGGUUCCCUCUCUACCACAGUUUAAGGUACUGUCUCCUCCUAGCACUGAAUCUCUCUAUACUUAUGUUUGCGACUUAAUUGAUGAAAGAGGAAAUUGGGAUAGUCAUAAAUUAAAUCAAUGCUUAACAAAUGAGGAGUAUGGGGAAAUUGCAAAAAUUCCAACAGCAGCUUGUGGUGAUGCUUUUAUCUGGCAUUAUAAUAAAUACGGAAAGUUCACUGUCAAAAGUGCUUAUUUCCUUGCCUACAAAUAUGUCCAUGGAUCUGAUAUUUCAAAAAAUCAAUCAUCUCUUGCCCCUGCAGAAUGGAAACACCUUUGGAAACUCAAAUUACCCCCUAAAAUUAAGGUUUUCUUAUGGAGAGCUAUCCAUAACAGAUUACCUACUCUUGACAAUUUAUUUUCUAAAGGGGUUGUGAACAAUGCCCUCUGUCCAAACUGUCAGCUUCAUAACGAGUCCUUGAUGCAUAUGUUAUUUUAUUGCCCUCAUGUUGAACCAAUAUGGUUUGGUUCAGCCUUGGGUUUUAUUCCGAGGCAACUGAGGCUGCAAAAUCUUGCAGAAUGGUGGUGUCUUUUAACUGAGACUGAGAAACAAAUGGGUGUUCCAUAUCUGUUUGAACAAUGGGCAAUCAUCUGCUGGAAUACAUGGAAGGCAAGGAAUAAGAUACAUUUUGAACAGGCUACAUUUAAUCCUGAACAUAUCUUGUUCAAAGCUAAUGCAAUGCUUCAGGAAUUUUGCUCAUGUCCUGGUAGAGACUUACUCCUGCCUCCAAAGCAGACAAUGCAAAGAAAACACGUUACCUCUGCUUGGACUCGUCCUCCACCAGGCUUUUUGAAAUUUAAUGUUGACGCCUCCUUCAUGCCUAACUCCGAGUUGACGACAUUGGCCAGGGUGAGUAGAGACUCUUACGGGAAGAUACUUACUGGACGAACGUGGUUAUGCUCUACUGCCUCCCCUCUUAUGGCUGAAGCAAAUGCAUUACUGAGGGCUGUCCAAUCAGCAGUGGACAUGGGAUUGGAUCAAGUGAUUUUCGAAUCCGAUAAUGAGACCUUGAUCUCAUACGCACAGCAUGCGAACCAACCCCUUCCUUGGGAGAUCCACUCCAUCAUACACAACAUCAGAAGCUUUUGUUCUUCUCGGCCUAAUUUCUCCUUUUCUUUUAUCCCUCGUGAAGGAAAUAGAGUAGCUGAUUGGAUUGCACGAUCAACUCUCAAGGGACAGUGCCCAUUUUACUGGGCUCAUUGCCCCCCUGAUAUUUUGCUGCAAUUACUACUCACUGAUGCUGUAUCUUAAACUCCUUCCUGUAAUCUUAUUCUAUCUAAUAUAUGAAAAUUUCCUUU